AUGUCCUCGGAGGACAGCGACGCUCUGCUGUCUUUAAUCCACAAACACCUGCAGGUGAACGGCUACAAAAAGGCCGCGAAGGUGCUGGAGAAGCAGCUAGCUCCGGUGGAGAGUUCGUCGGAGAACUCGACCCUACAGAACAUCUACACACAAUGGUUGAGUUUUUCUUCUUCAGCUCAAGACGCCAAGCAGGAGUCUGAAAACUCUGAGAACUUCAAGAGCAGAAGAACUGAACCAGAGCCCGAUACCACUGAGGGAGAAGAGUCUGCAGGACCAGAACCCUGUACUCUCACAGGACCAGAGUCUGCAGGACCAGAACCCUGUACUCUCACAGGACCAGAGUCUGCAGGACCAGAACCCUGCACCCUCACAGGAGAGGAAGCAGACCUCAAGCCUUCACUCGAGGCAGAUGUUGAGUCCUCUGAGCAGCAGCUGGAUGCUGCUGGAACCCAAACGGGUCAGAAGUCCGACUCCUCCAACGGCGAAGAAGAGGGAAACCAGGAAGAACCGAACGCAGAGAGAGAACUGGAGGAGAAAAGCUCUUCGGACCCAGAUCCCGCUCAGGGGGACUCUGACCCGACGGUCUUGACCCGGUCCGAUCAGGCGCAGAAACCUCAGAACUCUGACACGGCCGUGGAUCAGGAGGAGCAGGAGAAACGAGAAGCUUCAGCUUCCUCCUCUUCAUCAUCAGAGGAUGAAGAGGACCAUGCUGCUGCAGAGCGAUCCCGUGGGGCCGAGAGCGAAGCCCCGCCCCCUGCAGACGUCGGUGUAAAGGAAGAGGAGAGCUCUGAGAGGACAGAGGACAUCUAUGUGUCUCAGAGGACGGAAGACGGCGUCUGUGUCUCUCAGAAAACAGAAGAUGACAUCUGUGUGUCUCAGAAGAUAGAGGACAUCUAUGUGUCUCAGAGGACGGAAGACAACAUCUGUGUGUCUCGGAAGACAGAGGACGGCGAGACGACGCCUGAGGACCAAAGUGAAGCUGAGCUCAACGACGAACAUGUAGACGUCUUCAUCAGCGAAGCAGCCGAGCUGGAUCCACAGCCUGAGGAGCUCUGCAGAGAGACCAGAACCCAGAAGAAAACGGAUGAAACAGAAACUCUGAACACCGACGUAGACGCUCCUCCGAGCAGAAAAAAGAAAAAGAGCGCAACGAGACGCGAGGAAGAGGUCGCUCCAGAGAAGAAAAAGGUGAAGAAGAGAAAAAGGGCAAAGGAUGAGGUGGAAGAGGAACCUGCAGUCGCUCCGUCGGCAAACAAGAAGAAGAAGAAGAAGAAGGUUAAAGACGUGGAGGAGAGUCCGACAGAAACUGCACAGAAGAGCAACGAGGAGCUGAAGUCUGAAGCUGCUCCAGCAGGGGGCGCCGAAGAACGAUCCUCUCUGCUUCCGACCAAAACGAAGAGGCGGAGGAGGAAGAACCAGAGACAGAGACUUCAGAUGAAAGGAGCGAUGAUGAUGAUGAUGGAGACUAGAAGCAUCAACCCACCUGCAGGAAGAGAAAAACUGAAGCAAAAAGAAACCAAAGACGACCCGGUACCAGAGGACCAAACACCAGAGAGGGCAAACACUGAACCUGAAGGAAGUUCAGAAGAAAACCAGCCUCCAAAGAAACAGAAGAAGAAGAAGAGGAAGAGAUCUGUGAAGGCUGAGGAAGAAAACCGGAGCCCCGAGCCUCCAGCAUCCGCAACGUUUUCAAACGGACAGAAGAAGAAAAAGAGAAAAGAAAAGACCGAAGGUUCAGGUCCAGUUCCUGAGGACCGGCCUCCAUCAAAGAAAAGAAAGAAGAAGGACAAACAGGAAGAGGCGGAGCCUGACGACGGCGCACAAACUCCUCCAGCUGCCACGAAAAAGAAGAAAUCCUCCAAAAAGAAGUUGAUCGGAUGUUGAACCAACAGGGGGACAUCUGGACCUGAAGACAGACGAGGACUUUCUGGGGAGGCAUC